GUACGCCGUGGCACACGACGCGAGUCCGACGCCCGAACGCCAUGCCCGACGCCGCCGCCGCUGUCGCCGCCGUCGUGUCAGCGCCGCCACCGCCGUCGUGGUCGCCGCGUAACGCCGCCGUGGUCGCCGCAAACGAAUGAGAAAACGCACGAAAAUCGCGUGGUGCGUAAAAUAAUAAUAAUAAUAAUUAUACUGCCGCAGUCGCUGGUGAAUCUUUCCGGAGAUUCUGCAGCUCCUCGACCCCCCGACGUUUUGCUAAUGACAUCGGUUACCGUCGUAUACCUAUUAUAGUGACACUGUGUGUAAUGAUAAUAUAUUAUAAUAAUAAUACCUAUAUACUUUUGUACGUUAAAUGCGACGAUAAUAUUAUUCGAUAAAUAGGAAUCACAAAUAAUCAUUCGUUAAUGACAAAAAUAAUAUAACACACUUCUGGUCCCACGUGCACAGUUUCAGGAAAAAAUGCGAUUGUGCGACCUCAUGCUGUGACCUUUGAUAUGGUCACCGAAAAAUGAAGACGUUGGCCGGCGCCAUAAUACUAUGCAUCAUGCUCGUCAUAAUUUCCGGAUGUUCAAUGAAUCCGGACGCGAAAAGGCUUUACGACGACCUUUUAUCAAAUUACAACAAACUCGUAAGGCCUGUGCUCAACAACACUGAUCCGCUACCAGUACGGAUUAAGCUCAAACUAUCACAGCUCAUCGACAUUAAUCUAAAAAACCAAAUUAUGACGACGAACUUAUGGGUGGAACAGUAUUGGUAUGACUAUAAAUUGACGUGGAAUCCUGAGGAAUACGGUGGUGUCGAAGGGUUACACGUACCAUCUGAACACGUAUGGAGGCCAGAUAUUGUUCUUUAUAACAAUGCUGACGGCAAUUUCGAAGUAACUUUGGCCACUAAGGCUAUGCUUCACUAUAGUGGUCGGGUUGAGUGGAAACCACCAGCUAUUUACAAGUCUUCCUGUGAAAUAGAUGUAGAAUUUUUCCCGUUUGACGAACAGACGUGUGUGAUGAAAUUUGGCUCGUGGACCUACGAUGGUUUCCAGGUGGAUUUGAGACAUGCAAAUGAAGUCAGUGGUUCACGAGUUGUGGACGUCGGUGUUGAUUUAUCCGAAUUUUACGCGUCCGUCGAAUGGGAUAUUUUAGAGGUUCCAGCAAUAAGAAAUGAGAAAUAUUAUACUUGUUGCGAAGAACCAUACUUAGACAUUACAUUCAAUAUCACGAUGCGGAGGAAAACGCUAUUUUACACGGUGAAUUUGAUCAUACCUUGUAUGGGGAUAUCGUUUCUUACGAUACUUGUGUUUUACCUUCCAUCGGAUAGUAACGAAAAAGUUAGUUUAAGUAUUUCGAUUCUUCUUUCGCUGACCGUGUUCUUUCUGCUGCUAGCCGAAAUCAUUCCGCCCACAUCACUAGUCGUGCCACUUUUGGGAAAAUUUGUGCUAUUUACAAUGAUACUUGACACGCUCAGUAUAUGUGUGACAGUCGUUGUGUUAAAUAUACAUUUCCGAUCUCCCACUACACACGUAAUGUCACCAUGGGUCCGCCGAGUAUUCAUUCACAUUCUACCGAGAAUGUUAAUCAUGAGAAGACCUCACUACCAAAUGGAAAGGAAGAGUCUGAUGGGAACAUGUCAUCGUAUUAUGGUGAGGACGUGCAACGGGCUUGAGCUUAGAGAUCAAAAUUCAGCCGAUCAGUUGUUGCACAGCAACGAUGUAUUUCCUGCCAGGGAUUUGGAAAGCGGUGUAAUUGGCUGUUGCGAGAUUCACGGUCCAAUAAUAGCAUUACCCAGCCCAUCCGAAACAAACCAAAAUGGCCCAGUUCCUAAGGGUAGAAAACAUUGGCACGAUUGUCCAGAACUCCAUAAGGCCGUCGAGGGCGCUGCGUACAUAGCUGAUUACAUCAAAAAAGAAGAAGAAGAGAAAAAGAUUAAAGAAGAUUGGAAAUAUGUGGCGAUGGUGCUGGAUAGGUUGUUUUUGUGGAUAUUUACAUUGGCUGUGACCAUGGGAUCUGCAGGGAUAAUCCUACAGGCACCCACUCUGUAUGACAAUCGGUUGCCAAUCAAUGUCCGGUUGUCGGAAAUACUUGCCCAUACACCAACAGUGAAACAGAAUUAUAAUAACAUUAUGUAAAGACGAUAAUUAUUGCUCAAUAUGGUCAACAUUGGACAAGCCAGUGACAUCCAACACUGGUCUGGAAGAGCGAACGGUAGAGUCCUACAACCACCACUGCAACUGGGAUAUAACACAUAUAUAUAAGCAUUAUAGUUAAUAAAAUGCAGGAUGAGGGACCAACAAAUCGAGGACUGCUGGUCGUAAUAUGUACAAUAGUGUCAAUUCUGAUAUUAGAUACUAUUUUCAUGUUCUCAAAAUUAGUGAAUCAAAUAGAUAGAUAUUUUUAGAUAAUUUGUUUAUAAAUCAAAUAUUUAUAAGCAGUAUAAUAUAUAUUUAUUUAAAAAAAUAAAACCAUAAAAUAGGACCUGAAUUGGUUGUAAGAGAAAUAUUAAUUUUCUCAACUAUUAUUUGUCUUGUAAAAAGAAACAUAUAAUUCAUGUUAUUAUUUAUUAUAAUAAAAGAAAGUAAUAACACUUCAUAGUUAUAUGUACAUAGAAUUAUGUUAACUUGUGAAAAAUAAAUGAAUAUAUUUGAUGACGUUUAAA